AUGUCUUCCGCAAUGCUUGUAUACUCCCUCGCUGGAGCCGCAGUUCUAUCUGCAAUCAUUGUCACAGUCCUCAACGGCCUUGCCUACGCCGCACUGCAAUCAUUACCCUCGCAUACUUCAACAACGGGACUGGCUCCAGUCCUCCUCAGCAGCUUGACUAGCAUCACGCUGCUAGCCCUCACCCUCAUUCACAAAGAUGUUCGCAGUGACGUCCAUUGGUCAACUUGGAAACUCGGCAUCUUUUACUUCACUGGGGUAUACUUCCUCAUCAGCACCGUAUGCGUGGCCGGUACAAUAGCCUCGAACGAUCUAUACCACUCAGUUCCCCACGGAAACAUUUUCAUCGCCCGGUCCAUCUUCUGGGCCCUUUCCAUCCUUGCUCAAGGCCUCUACUACGGCUUCAUUCUGGUGACCCUAGCCCAGCGCAAACCAUGCCAAGAUUGGCCACGCUCUUAUUCACAGGAACUCAAAACUCUUUCCGAGAGCCCGCAGCCAGUCUCCUCGCCAUCACGGAUACUCUGUGAUACAUACCCAGAGCUCAAGCAAUUUGAUACGAGACGUUCCUCCCUGCGGAAAUACCCCCGUCGUUCUCACCGUUUCUCGGGGGGUACUCUCUGCGUCGAGAGCACACGUAGAAAUUCCGAGUCCUUCGAUACGGGUUCAUCAUCCACACUCUCAUCACCCUCAUCCUCACCAACAGCAGCGCAUAUGCCUACGCAAUCACAGACCCAACCCCAAACCGACCCUUUCGCAGACCGCGACACCCGGCCCCUUCUCCACCGCGGUUCCAGCUUCAGAAGCAUGCCCAGUCUCCACCGCGAAGCAAAUAUCCAACUCUCCCUGGACAGCCUCAUCCAACCAUCCCCAACAUCCUCCAGUUUCGCCCUCGACUCCCCCUCGGGCUCAACGCUAACUCUCCCGGAGACGUAUGCAUUCUACGCCCCUAACCACGGUGCCUCCCAAGCACAAACACAUGCACCUACAUUCUCCUCAUCUCUACCCGCCUCCCCACUCCCGUCACCCUCAUUCCCACCCCGCGAACAAAACAUCCAUCCCCUCUUCCGCUCCACGAGUCCCUGCCCGAGUCCCAAGCCACUCCCCGGUAGCACGGUGAAAGCAUCCCCGUCUGCAGGCCAGACGAUUACCCAAAAGACGUUGACGCGGAUGCGAUCUGCGCGGGAAUUGCGACAUUUGCGGAAAGAGGAUUCGCCCGGUGCUGGGAUGUGGAUGGGGAUGGGACGGGCGGGGUAUGUGAGGAGGAGUAUCACGCAGUAUGAGAAGAAGGGGGAUUUGAACGAGUUGCCCGAGGAGAGGUGA